AUGCUACUGUUUUACCUUUUGUUUUACAACCCAAAGUUUGCAUAUUCCUGCACUCCAACGCAGGCGGAUGGACCGCCAAUCUCAACGACCCAUGCCCCUGCUACGACGACCGCAAAGCCCCUAGUAGGCUGUGAAUAUUGUUUGUCGUGCUGCGGAGGGUUCUUUCCGCCGUUUGGGCCUUGUGGCUGGUGGUGCAACGCGCUGUAUCCGCCAUUCCCGGCCGGGGGACCAUGCGAUUGGAGCUUUUGUCGGUGGUGUUGCGGAUUUUAUCCGCCGUUUACAACGACGACGACUGCAGGUGAGUGUGAGGGAAAUUGGGGUCUUUGAUUCAAAAGCAGUGAAGUUUUGUUUACUAUAUCAGUCUGUCGGAAAAAUAGUGAGGACAAUUACCAUCUAAGCCGGCAUGAAACCUUUUGUCUCUCAUAACAGCUGUAUCCACAUAUUAUUAUACUAUUUAUUUUGCAGCCCCAAAGACAACCACAACUACCGCAGCGCCUGCAACAACCACUACGACAGUAGCUCCAACUACGACUACAAAACCUCCCGUUACCACAACCCAAGCCUCUCCAACAACCGCGGGUCCUUGUGGGGGAUGUUGGUGGUGCUGCGGAGGCGUUUAUCCACCUUUUCCAACAACUGCGGCUCCCACAACUGCCCCGCCAGCUCCACCAUCCCAUCCAUGCGGCUGUCCGGGCUGUUGCGGCGGAAUUUAUCCACCAUUCCCGGCGGCAACAACGUCAGCAUCCACUGGAUUCAGUGGACUGAUUGUGAAGGACUCCCCGGAUUUCGGAGAGGUUGGGAAUAGCACGUCAACCACGCUAGGUCCUCUUUCGAAUGCCGUAACGGCACUGAGCAAUCCAAAAACCCCCUUGGAUCCACCGGGGUGGACGGAGGAAAAGGCCAAAUUUCCGGAGGCAGAAGGCGAAGAUAAGGAAGACAUCGAAAAUAAUAAUGUUUGA